AUGGUUAUUCUCGUGACUGGUGGGGCCGGGUUCCUCGGCAGCACGUUAGUGCAAUUAUUACUUGAUCAGGGCCAUGAGGUCGUCGUUCUCGAUUCUUUAUGGACUUCUUCAGACAGCAAUCUCGACAGAUUCAGAUCCAAUAAAAGACUGCGAUAUAUCCAGGCCGAUGUGCGCGAUCCUAUACCUUGGAUAGAAGGAGUCGAUCAAAUAUAUCACCUCGCGUGUCCAGCAAGCCCCGUCCAUUUCGAAACCCAACCGAUCGAUAUUCUACAAACAUGUUUCAUCGGAGCAUCCAAUGUCCUAGACUACGCGGUCAAACAAAACGCGCGCGUUCUCCUCGCCAGCACAUCAGAAGUCUACGGCGACGCUCAAAUUGCAUGCCAGGAUGAAGGCUACCGAGGAAAUGUCAAUUGCUUCGGCCCCCGGGCAUGUUACGAUGAAGGGAAGAGGGUCAUGGAAGCUCUUGGGUACUCGUACCAACUCGAACAUGGUCUAGAAGUCCGCGUCGCCCGGAUAUUUAACGCCUACGGACCCUUCAUGCAGGCCGAAGACGGCCGCGCCGUUCCGAACUUUAUAACGACCGCUCUGAAACGAGAGCCAAUAGUCAUCUUUGGAGACGGCCACGCAACACGAUGCUUCCAAUUCGCUUCAGACUGUGUCCGGGGGCUAGAGGCGCUGAUGAACAGCGAUCAAGAUGGACCGGUAAACAUCGGCAGUGAUUUGGAGAUGGAAAUCAGCGAGAUUGCGGAUAUAAUCUCGCGUGUCGUCGCGGCGAAAACGGGCUACGAUCACCCCGUGCCUGUACGGUUGGAGCCGAAAAGGGAGGAUGAUCCUGUGAGGAGAAAACCAGACACAAGUCUUGCUGAGAGGGCUCUGGGUUGGAAGCCGAGGGUCUCGCUGGAAGAAGGUGUCUCUGCCACGGUGGACUGGUUCAUCCAGAGGGAGAACGGCAUUGUGAGUAGGCUUUGA